AUGCCAUCGCAACCAGAAUUCAACGUCGAUGCUCCCGACAACGUGAUUCGUGUCCCAGCUGGCACAGACUACAUAGUUACGUGUAGUUCUACGGGUUUCCCUCCGCCUGACAUUCGCUGGGUGGACAGCGAAGGAAAUCAACUUUCCGAUGGUCCACAGUUGAAGUUAAUUGACGUGAGAAGAACCAUCAAAGCGAAAUGUUUGGCUGAAAACAGAGGAGGCCUCAAGGAGACCGACUUCACCGUAUUUGUGGCAGGGCCGGGAACUGCACCAGAAAACGUCCAGCUUCACGCGGACAAACCAGUAACCAUAUCGGUACAGUGGGAUCCUCCAUUGAUUCCGAAUGGAAAUAUUACCAAAUAUAUUGUCUAUUAUACACCUUUGGACGACCAGGAUCCCGCUCACCAAAUCGGUCAAGUGCAGUCGAGACCGAUCAACGAAUGGGUGACAUACCAUGACACACCGGACACUGAUGGCACGAGGAAGGCUGAACUGAAAGAUUUUGUCGAGACCGAUACGGCUUACGCUGUCGUAGUACAAGCGAUCAACGACGACGGACCAGGUCCCUACUCGAACCAGUUCACGAUCAGAACCAUGUCACGAGCUCGCGAAGGACCACCAGUGGACUUGAGGGUGGAUCCAGAUGGACAAAGAUCUGCGAUGAUUGAGUGGAAGGAGCCGGUUACCACGGAUGUGAAACCUCUUGGUUAUGAAAUCUACUACGUGCCUGGAGAGAAGAGCGUUGACGCCGACGACCUCAUCUUGAGCGACUGGUCCAAGAUAGUGAUCGAUGAUCCGAGUAAACUUACGCACAGGAUCCAGAAUUUGUUGCAACCAGACACCGACUACGUCUUCAAAAUUCGUGCCAUUUAUCCAGAUGGUCCAAGUGUGUUCUCCGAACCAUGCAUCAUGAAGACUCUUCCAGACGGAAAUGCGCCCUACAUUCAAAUUUCGACUGGUGAAAAUGGCGUCGAAGGCAGUACGAACAUUGAUGUCCUGCCUGGAUCUCAGAUCACUGUCUCCUGUAACGCUACUGGUCUUCCACUGCCGUCAGUGAAAUGGAUUCGUGGUGGUACAUACGAGAUCGAUCCGAGCACGGUUGAUACCGCGACUUCACAUGCACAAUUCUCACUGCAAGUGGCUAACAUCACAGAAGACACCACAUUCAACUGCGUGGCACAAAACCCGCUCGGCCACGCAAAUUGGACCAUAAACGUCAAUUUGUUGCCAGGGCUCGAACCGGAAUGGAAGGAUGAUUUUGUCGUUUCCAAAACUGAAAACGGUGAAGUUGUUCUGGCCUUCAGUGAUAACCUGCCUGACUAUCUCAAACCACCGAGUGAUUGGGUAAUAAAGUAUACCGACAAUCCCGAUCUACCGAAGGAUGAAUGGAAGGUUAUUCCAUCCGAUUCUGGACCACUGACAAGAAUCACUGUACCCGAUAUGGAACCAGGCACUUACUACUACCUUGUUGUCGACAGUCCUGACAAGGGAAUCCAAACGCCUACUCUACUAGUCAUGACUCCAAGUUAG